UCCGGGCCAGAAGAGAGGAGUGAUCAACCUGAGAGUUUAAACAAACCAGAGAGGCGGCAGGGCAGAGCAGAGCUCACACACACUCCCACACACACAUACACUCAUACAGCUGUUCAGCGCGGAGGAAACUCUAGUGAACGGUGCCGGAGAGCGAAGCUGAGACGGAAGACGGAGUGAGACACCUGUACCUGCAAAACACAGCUUAUAAAGGAGAAGCAGCCGAGGACGGAGCUAAAGCACGAGGAUCUCACUCUCGGGGGGUCACCAGUGUCUGCAGCUGUACCGACCCUGCCGAAGCAUCAACGCUGGCUGAGAUGGGAGACUUGUGCCACCCCCGGUCUUCCUCUCCAGAGGGGGAGACCGUGUGUGAAGCUCUAGCCCGUUACGAGAACACUCUCCAGGAUGCCAUCAGGGAGAUCCAUGUGGACGUCAGCGCUUUUAAGCAGGGCAUGGAGCGUCGUCUGGAGGAGACAGCCAACCUGAGCGGGCCUCUCGGACGGGCUGUGGCUCAGCUCCAGCUCGAGAACAGGCAGCUCAGGAGUCAGCUGGAGGCUCUGACGCGACAGGUGGAGCUCCUGAGUGGGAUGACGUGUGGCACCCUGCUCAACAACAGCCACAAUCACAGUCAGAAUCACAAAAAUCACUUAAGUGACAUUCAGGAGAACCAUCAGGAGAUAAACGAGGUGAUCUACGGGAAAGGUGAGGCUCACACUCAGAGCCAGGCUCACCUCCACGUCCAGCCCUGCAGCCUGGGGAGCCAAGCCCAGAUCUACAGCGGGCUCAGCAAUCAGUCCAGUCCUGCGUCCCCACCUGCCACCUUCUCAUCCUCCCCCAGCUCCAGCAGUCCUCCUGUGGGCUCCAGAGUUUCAUCCAUAGUGACAGGCCCAGUGUCAAGCAGCAGCCCCACCGCUGCCCGCUUCUCGAGCCGAGCCACAUUCGCCGUGUCCAGCAAGACUAACAGUAUUGAGCGAGAGGAGCCAAUAGAGGUGGACCCCGCCACAACGCAUGGCGGACUGGAGAAUGGACACGCUGCAACCACAGAACAUUCGGAGUUGGUACAUGGAAAAAUCUCUCCCCCCAUUGACUUCCCACACGAGCACACAGCCCCUGUCACCAUGCGAAUGCCACACCUCCCCAUCACCGCUACAACCAAGACCGCAGAAAUGAAGGGCCCCGACUCUCCCAGCAGCCCUGCUGGUUCUCGGUCCUCGCAAGUCUCUGAAGCCUCACCUUCCAACCAAUCAGCUGCUAGCACGAACCAGGCCCAACCAUUCGAAGAGUUUCCAAUUCAACCAGUAUCUUCUACAUGGGCCCCUACACCCAUCAGAGCUCUGGGAUCUCCCCGCCUUCAAGAGAAAGCAAAUUCAGCCCCUGCUAAGUCUGUGACCUACUCAGGGUUUCUGCAGUAUGACAGAGACGGUGAUGUAAGCAGUGACAGAUCCUUCGGGCAGGUAGGAGAGAGGAGGCGGGAGCUGGUGAGGUCACAGACUCUGCCACAUAACAUUGGAGCUCAGGCCCGUCGAUCUAUCUUUGAAAGACUGGACUCUGAAGCCAUUAACAGUCGCCCUAAACCAGUGGACUCAAAACCAAAAUUGAAGCGGUCUCAGAGUUUUGGGGUGUCCAGCGCCAGCAGCAUCAAACAGAUCCUCCUUGAGUGGUGUCGCUCCAAGACCAUAGGCUAUCAGAACAUUGACAUCCAGAACUUCUCAUCCAGUUGGAGUGAUGGGAUGGCUUUCUGCGCUCUGGUCCACUCCUUCUUCCCCACCGAGUUUGACUACAACUCUCUGUUGCCCGCCAACCGCAAACACAACUUUGAACUGGCCUUUGGAACUGCAGAAGUGAAGGCAGGCUGCGACCGGCUGAUCGAGGUGGACGACAUGAUGAUCAUGGGUCGUAAGCCCGACCCCAUGUGUGUCUUCACCUACGUCCAGUCCCUCUACAACCACCUGCGCAAGUUUGAGUGAAACUGCACGGUUCUCCUUUAAGACGUAACCUUUUUCAACCUCUUCUUCACUGUCAGACCUCCAGCAAUAGGCCUUUUUCUCAGUAUCAAACCUUGAGCCAUGAAUCUGGUGAGAGAGCAGAAAAGACUACACUGCCCCCUGGUGGUGGAUAAGUGAACAUACCUCCACAAGCUGCAGGAAAUGUGUUUCCACUUCAGUUGACAGAUUGACUGGUGGGGAGGAUGCUGUGUGAAUCGCGUGGUGUUAACUGUAAUGAAGAAGAUGAAUUUACACACAAAAAUGUCAGGGCUGGUGUGUUGACAGUAGUGAUUGUGUGUGUGUGUGUGUGUGUGUGUGUGUAGAUUUAAUAUGCAUUUAUUGGGCAUGCCCUGGGCUUGCAGAUCUCUCCAGUUAUAAAGGCGCCCACCUUGGGCCCUAUCUGCCUGACUGGACAUGCAUUUAUGUUGUUUAGAUAAAUAUUUUGAAUAAAGUGUGUUUGCGUGUCUUGAUUGAGUUUUGCUUUCACCCCUGACCUGUUAGAGUCUGCUAAAACAAACCCUGGUGCAGUUCGCUUGUGAUUUGAAAGCAAACACACCAACCACAGAAUUUUGUUAGGGCAGAUUUGUGAUUGUGUGUGUUUUAGCAUUAUUUCAAAAGAUAAAAAUCUAAUAAAUCCAUCUGCUGAUUGUGAAAUCUGUUCAGGAAGAAAUCUUAUAAUUGAUCUGUAUAAAACAUGUAUAUAUUAAUGCAAAUCGUUUGGUAACCAUGUAUACACGCCAGCAUGUGUGCAUUUUCUGUGAUUAGCAGGUCAGUGGCUGUUAAAAUACUGUGUACUUGUACUCUGUGUACUUUGUUAGUUUAUGAAGUCCAUUAAAAAAUGUGUGACAGUGAUCCCACAGUAAUGAGCCCUGAAUCAUUAC